UUUUACAGCAGGGUAUGUAAAAAGCACUAGCGAAGUCAGAACAAACGAAAAUGUCAUACAACAACUUGUUUAUAUUGUUCUAUAGACUAUACACUGAAAUAAAGUGAGUGAAACAUAUCCCAUCAUUUAUGCUGAAGAAGGAUAUGUGCAAAACUCUAUUUUGAAGAGGUGGCUGCAUUUACAUGGAGAUAAAAUGUCUUACAACUCAGAAAAUGAAAAUGGUGAGGUACAAACAAAUCCAAAUUCAGUUUUACAAAGCAACUGUGAUUAUGCCCUUGCCUUAAUUGGAAAGGAAGAAAAGGAUACUUUUAAUAUAACUGCGAAGGGGAAUAAAAAGUUUAAAAGAACAUUAUCUGGGAAACGGAAAAUCAAUAUUCAUAUUUUAUCUUCAGAUGGAAAAAGUAAGAGCUUAAAAGAUUCACAGAAGGAAAAAACUUUUGUGCAGAAAAUAGUUGGUAGCUUUCAUGAUGCUGAAGUACCAAUCAGUAAGCUCCCAUCAAAAGACAGGAAUGUUUCAGCAACUAGGGCUGAAUGUAACCCUGAUGGCCUUGUUAUAUUUGGAGUGAACCCAAAAGCUACAGCACACCAAUCUGCUAAAGCAAAUGCAGCAACUGUCGCUAAAUCUCACGGCUCUUACAGCAAGCCACUAAUCACAGUCUCCCAGCUUCAUAAAAAAGGCAGGUCCGCUCAUUCGUCACAGCUGGAUUAUAUAUCCAUAACAAAAUCUAUUAAAAUACCUGACUGUCCAAAUGUCAAUUCACAGUCAUUUCUCAAAAUCUCAGGGAAACGUGAUCAUUUGGAAAACAAAAGGAUUAUUCUAUCUGGUGUUUGGGGUAAAGAAAAACCUCCACCUAGUCAGAACAAUGAAGAAAUCACUGAAGUAGCCAAACCUGCCAGGUGUUCUCAACCAGCUUCUUGCAAGGAAGAAACAUCAGCUGAGAUAAAGCUAAAUAAUAAGGAACAUUCCAUAGAUAGUAGGAAAGGCCAAGAAUGGGAUAAUACCGUGGAAUUCUGGAGCACUAGAAGAUCUUCAGCAUCACUGAAAAAUUCACAUGCAGUGCCAGACAACAGCCCUGAGUCCCAGAAAAAAGCAAUGCUACCUGAACGCCCAGCAUCAUUACCUGUUAACUUCAAUCAUCCAAUUAUUAGUAUACCAACUGCACAAUGUGAUGCCUCAGAAUUCAAGAUAAAAAAUGUUGAGGCUGAAUUUGCAGACAACACUGAUACUCCAAAGGACACCAGUCGCUACAAUUAACUGAUGGUAUGUCUAACAAUGGGCUUCCAAAGAUAUAUUGGAUCGAUCCAUUUCUGAAAUGAAUGCAUCGGCCAAUCUAGAUGUUAUGGUAAUUUUUUAUCAGAACAGCUAUUAUUCUGUACAUGAACUUUUGUAAACCAUGAGAUGUUUGCCAUUACAGUGAAUUAUGAUAUAGCAAUUAUAAGGGGAUGUGUGUCUCUUAAAAAUUAAUUGAUAGGCCUUUAUUCAAUGGUUUUACUAGGCACACAUAAAAGUAUUAAACUCCUAUUUCAAGCAUAGAAGUUAUUUCUUUUAAAUCCUGAAUGACUUUGUGUGUGAACAUUUUAAUACAAUAAGAUAUUUCUCUUUUUACUUUUAAAUACAGAGAGAAAAGGUAUUUAGAGUAUUAUCCACCUUUCUUCCUUAAUUUACUGCAUAGAUUUAAAAAAAUCUUACAACAUCCAGUACUAUGAAUUUCACAUUGCUUAUCAUCUAUGUUGUAUAUUUCAAGAUUCUAGCCAAAGUCCUCCCUUGAAAUGUUAAUAAAAUUGUAUUUAGUGGAAUUAGGCUUUUAAUAUUUAGCAAUAUUGGAUUAGGCUGGAGUUCUCCAUAAAAUACAUUGUAGACAAUAUGCGUAGACUAAUGACUACUUUGAUUCACUUAUUCUCAGCUAAUAUUAAAUCACAGGCACUUAAAAAAAAAAAGAAGAAAAGGCUUUCAGCUCAAUAGAUUGUCUCCAUAUGGGAAGUGUUUGGAAGUGAAAUGAAUGCAGGAGAUUUUCAUCAUGCUACUUAGAAGAUAUCUUACCAGACGAAGCUAAAUUUACACACUGUACUCAGACCUGAUAGUUUGAACUUCUGAACAGACAUGCAAAUCACUCCUAUAACUCUUUCAAUAAGCAACAUGUAAGAACCCCACACUUCCAAUCAUUAGGUGCCUAAAUGGUGAUGCAAGUCCGUGGGCCCUUGGCUUUAUCUCCUUACAUUGCUAGAGUACAUGCAACAUAGCUGAGCACCUAAUUUGGUUUCUGAACUGAGCUGAUGUGUUUGUACAUGUAAACACUGUAUUUGUAAUGCUUUGCCUAUAAAUGAAAUUACUGAGGAACAGAUUUGAUGUUGGGGUCAUUUUGUCUUUUUUUUUUUAAUUUCCUUAAUUAAGUUCACACAGCUCUCCCCACAUGCAUGUUGCCGAGCUGUGCAACCUUUCUUGUAAAUUGGCAAAGUAGUAAAGUUCAUAUUCCCUUUGACCUUGCUGCAUCAAAGAGACAGCCAACUAUUUAGGCUCCAAAACAUAUCUUUGUCUGCCCAACAUCCCUGUUGCCUUUGUAUGUAUUUUUGAAAAAUAUGGAUUUAUUUUUGUAAAUGUGGCUGGAUCACCAGUGAAUGCCCAAAUGGAGACACCCCUCCACUCAUGCUGGUAGCUGAAGGCUCUUUUAGAUUUAAGAUUGUUCAAUAUAUUCUAAAGCCAACACUAUGCAAAUCUUUCUUCUUGCCCUAUACAAUCCUUCCAUCCAUCAGCCCGUUAUAUUUUACCCCCAGCUCCCACUACAACCCCAGCACCUCUGCAGGCUUCUGGUGGCUGGUGAGAGGAAGGCAGCUGGAAGACUAAGGGAGUUAACCAUCUGGUGGGUAUCUCUGGGGAACUUCAGCCUUAUUGCUAUUGAUUAACUUUGGGGAGUGAAAGAAGAGCAUUUCCUGUGCUGGGAUUGCCAUUGAAUUUGAUAGGACUGGGCUUGUUGUUGUGUUUUGAAAUUUAGGCUUGGUUACCCUGCAGUUAGAGGAGUUAUCACCUGCUUCUAGUAGGGCUCUUUGAAGUGAGAGAAGAGCAGUUUUGAUUGGAUAGGCCAGUGAUUAGAGGUGGAUUCCUAGUGUUUGUAGGGCCAAGGCUGGCAAGUGGCUGGUAAGGCAAAGGCAGCUGGGAUACUAAGGGAAUUAGCCAGCUGAGGAAGGCAGGGAGGUAAGUUGUGUGUUGUUUUCCUUAACUUGCAGGUACUCUACAAUGGGAGGAAAAUGGUGUGUUGCCAACAUCAUUUCCAGCUCUUCCUCUGCCUGUACCAGUGGGGCCCUCUGCCAGAGAGGCAUCCUGACCCUGGAGGCUUCCACCCAGGCCCUGGUCUUCACUUGCUAGGAAUGUGGUCUGCAUGUCCCUGACAAUGAAAGCCAGGCAGGGGGAACCACUCGAUGUGAGAGGUGUCUGUUGGUGGAAUACCUCAGGGAGCAGGUAAGAGCUGCAGGAGGAGAUGGCUCACGGGCAUUUAAUCCAGGAGCACAAGGACUUCAUUGACAGGUUGCACAUGGAAACAUCUGGGAUGGAGGAUGCUAGUCGAAUACAGAUGACUACAGUGGCACCAGAGUAGGAAGGAGAACGGCUGCUUGCUGGGGAGGAGACUAGCUACUGGCCAUCUUGGACAGUAGACAGUGCUCCACUCUCCACCCAGAUCCCCCCAUGCAUUGAGAUGAAGAACUAUUAUGCUGUAUUGGCAACAGGAGAUGAGGAACAGACCCCAGUGGCUGAAGAGGAGUCGUCAUCUGCCCCGAAGGCAGGGAGGCUCAUGGCUACUGCACCCAAUAGGAGGAGGCAUUGGAUGCUGAUGGUCAGGGACUCCGUUCUGAAGGGGAUGGAGGCAUCCAUCGGCUGACCUGACAUAAUGUCCUGGGAGGUGUGCUGCCUGUCUGGAGCCUGUGUCUGAAAUGUUACACAAAGUUUACCAAGAUUCAUCCAUCCCUCUGACCACUCCCCCCUGCUGCUCAUCCAGGUAUGACCCUGAGCAGAUCAGCAGUGACUCCAGGGUCAGGAGCAUAGGUUCUGAUUUUAGCCAUCUUCCCAGUUUAGGAUGUGCAUGGCCCUGCCUGGGCCUUUACCCUCAAGAUGAAUACAUGGCUGCACAGAUGAUGUCAAUGGGUGGGCUUUGGCUUCCUUGACCACAGGCUGCUGUUCCAGGAAGAAGGUCUGCUGGGAGAGAUGGGAUCCACCUGACCAUGGAGGAAAAGAGCAUCUUUGCACAAUGACUUGCCAACCUAGUGAGCAGGUCUUUAAAUUAAGUUCAAAGAGGGCAGGUUAGUAUAAAAAGAAGUGACCUUAACAGAGAACUAGAUAUUGAGGGGGAUGUGGAAAAUUACAGUGGGGUCAUAGGAGCAACAAGAGGGAAAUCAGUGGGGGAAUCUGUUCAACAUCUUAGAUGUUUAUACACAAAUGCAAGGAAUAUGGGGAAUAAACAGGAAGCACAGGAAGUAUGAGCCGAUCAGCCUUCUUGAUGUCAUUAGUUAUUCGCUCUCUUUCCCUGCUAAGUAGUGGAACUACACUUUCCGUUGUCUUUCUGGUGCUCCUAAUGUAUUUAAAGAACCUCUUCCUAUUCCUUUUUAUGUCCCUUGCUAGGUGCUUGCUUGCUUUAAUGCCUACGUUCUUGUGUUGUUCUGUACUCCUCAUUAGUAAUUUGUCCAUGUUUCUACUUUUUAUAGGAUUCCUUUUUGAUUUCCAGGUCAUUAAAGAGCUCCUGAUGGAGCCAUAUUGGCCUCUUACUUUCCUCCCUACUUUUCCUUCGCUUCGGAAUAGUUUUCAGUUGUGCCUUUAAUAUUGUCUCCUUGAGAAACUGCCAGCUGUCCUGCACGCCUUCCUCCUCCACCCCCCGAGAUUGUCUUCUGUUUUGCUUCAGUCUUCAUUAAAAAGAUUAAUGAUGACCAGAUGCUUAACAUAAUUGAUAUUAACAAUUGGGGGAAGGAAUGCAAGGCAAAAUAGAGAAAGAAGAGGUUAAAGAAUAUUUAGAUAACUGAGAUGUAUUCAAGACAGCAGGGCCUGAUUAACUUUAAACUAGGAUGCUUAAGAACUAGUUGAAGUAAUCUCAGAACCAUUAGUGAUUAUAUCUGAGAACUCACAGAGGACGGGUGAGGUCCCAGAGGACUGCAGAAGGCAAAUAUAGUACUUAUCAUUAAAAAGAGGACUAAAGAGGACCAUUGGAAUUAUAGACUAGUCAGACUAACUUUGAUACAUAGAAGGAUACUGGAACAAAUUAUUAAACAAUCAAUUUGUAAAUACCCACAGGACAUAGCAUUAUAGAAAAUAGCCAGUAAAGAUUUGUCAAGCACAAAUCAUGACAAACCAAUCUAAUUUCCUUGUCAGGGUUAGUGGCCUAGUGGAUAGGGAAAAGCAGUAGAUGUGAUAUAUCUCAGUUUUAAUAAGGCUUUUGACAGUCCACCAUGACAUUCUUAUAACUAGGGAAAUAUGGUCUAGAUGAAUUUACUAUAAGGUUAGUGCACAACUGCUGAAACACAUUACUCAAAGAGUACUUAUCAAUGGUUUGCUGUCAAAAUGGGAGGGCUUAUCUAGUGGGGUCCCACAGUCAUCAGUCCUGGGUCUGGUACUAUUCAAAAUAUUUGCAUUAAUGAUUUGGAUAGUAGUGG